AUUAUUGGCUCAUUUAAUAAUAAGCAUCCUUUGAAUCGGUAUUAACCACCUCCAUUUAAUAAAUACAGAUGCUAAGGGUUCAGAGAAAGAAACUGGCUUAGCCAUCAUUAGCAGGUGGGAUUUAAAUUCUGAUUUGUUUUACUUUGUAUUCAUGCAGUUUCCCACCCUAAAGUUUUAUUUAAUACAGUGAUUGUUCCUAAGCACCACCAGCGUGUCGUGGAUCUAAUCUUAUUUUCCAGUAUUCUGUUUUCCUUAAAACUCCUGGGUAAAAGGUUAAUUAAGGCUCUUCUGCAUUCUCUGACCUGUGUAUUCUCAGAUGACUGUUAGACAUGUAAAUUUAAGCCAUAGUUGAAACCCUGAAUUUUUAAGUUUUACUGGAGAAGAUAAGAAUCGUAUCCAAGCCAGGUCGGAAAUGGGACAGACUUUUUAAAAGGAUGUAAACUGCAAUUUCAUCCAUGCUCCAUAUAAUGAAGGUGAUAUCAUAAGGCCUCUGAUUGGAUGGUGCAUCUAGACUUAGUAAGUAGGCGUUUUGUAAGUACCAGGGCAGCUGGAAGUGGUGUCCUCUGCAUAUGGGAAGGACUUCACAUUAUGGCAUCUAGUUAACUUUUGCUCCCUACAUGAAGUGCCUGCUUGGGGAUUAUGGUGCCAAAUUGUUAUUUUAGAAGUUAAAUUUGUGUCACUGUGAACAGAUUAGAUGGCCGCGUCAGAAUUCAUCAAGGCCUAUCUGCACUUUGUUUGCUCUAGGCCCCAGUCCAAGGUUGGAGGGGACAGUGCAUUCCACGAUUCUAUUAUAUCUGUGGUGUUGAAUUGAAGAUUUACAGGCUUAGAAUAGUACAUGAUUGUUUAAAAUUACCUAAUUCCUUCUCAUGUUAAAGCUAAAAGCAUAGAACUAAGACCGUCACUAGGUUUGUUCAUAGAGCUUAGCAUAGAGCUGGGGCUGACAGCGCGCCUCCCUGUCAUUAUACCAUUUGUAGUCAAAGUUUUUGAAAAAGUGAUUUUGGAGAAAAUGAAAUUUAGGAAGAAGAAACAUCCUAUUUUUGAGAGCUUUGAAGACUUUCUAACGUUGUGGGGUUUAUAAUAUUAAUAGGCAAAAUUGUUAUGAUAUGUAACUUAAAGCUUUUCCAUAUUAAUAGAUAUUUCUCUUUACAAACAUUGUAAUGCCAGUAUAGGAUUCCAUACCCUGGAUAUAUAUUAUAUACCUUGAUUAACUAAUCUGCUAUUAUUGGACAUAUAAGUUUUCAAUUGUUUGUAUUAUUUAGUAAUGGACACAUAAUUUUUGAAACAGCCAACAGGAAAAACAUGUUUAGAUUAAAAAAUGUCCAGAUUCAUCAAGAUUAUAUGAGUCACCAGUGGACAGGUGAUCCUGACUUCAAGAUAAGGUCUCUUAGGACUUCUGUCUUUCAGCUUUCCCUGUCCUGACUUCAUAGUUUCUAUACAUUAGCAGCAGAAAAUGAACAAGUACAGGGGACCAGUAACAUUUAAGGAUGUUACUGUGGAAUUCACCCAGGAGGAAUGGAAAUUGCUGGACACUGCUCAGAGGACCCUAUAUAGAGAAGUGAUGCAGGAGAACUACAGUCACCUCAUCUCAGUGGGCUAUUGUGCAAAUAGGCCAAAUGCAAUCUUCAAGUUGAAGCAAGGAAAAGAACCAUGGAUAUUAGAAGUACAAUUUCCACGUCAGAACAACCCUGAAGACGUAUGCAAUACUCAUGACCAAGGAGCAAGAUGUCUGGAAAGCCAAGCUGAAAAUUCAAGGAAUGGAGAACUCAAGAAACAUCAGGAAACUCAUACCAGUGAGAAAACCUAUAAAUGUAAUGAAUGUGGAAAGUCCUUCUACCAGCAGUCUAUCCUCAUAAUACAUGAGCAUACUCACUCAAAGGACAAACCCAGCGAAUGUGAGAAAUCCGUCUCUCAGAACGGACACCUCACAAGACAACCAAAAACUCCUACCAGAGAGAAGACCUAUGAAUGUAAAGAAUGUAAGAAAACUUUCUACCAUCUGUCAUCUCUCAGUAGACAUUUGAGAACUCAUGCAGGAGAGAAACCGUACGAAUGUAAUCAGUGUGAGAAAUCCUUCUACCAGAAACCACACCUCAUGGAACAUCAGAAAACACACACAGGAGAAAAACCCUUUGAAUGUACUGAAUGUGGGAAGUUCUUCUAUGUUAAGGCAUACCUUAUGGUACAUCAGAAAACACACACAGGGGAGAAACCAUAUGAAUGUAAGGAAUGUAGGAAGUCCUUUUCCCAGAAAUCACACCUCACAGUACAUCAGAGAACACAUACAGGGGAGAAACCCUAUAAAUGUAAGGAAUGUGGGAAAUUCUUCUCUAGAAAUUCACACCUCAAAACUCAUCAGCGAACUCACACAGGAGAGAAACCCUAUGAAUGUAAGGAAUGUGGUAAAUGCUUCUACCAAAAGUCAGCCUUAACAGUACAUCAGCGAACUCAUACAGGGGAGAAACCCUUUGAAUGUAAUAAAUGUGGAAAAACCUUUUACUAUAAAUCGGACCUCACUAAACAUCAGAGAAAACACACAGGGGAGAAGCCCUAUGAAUGUAAUGAAUGUGGUAAAUCUUUCUCUGUGAAUUCAGUCCUCAGAUUACAUCAAAGGACUCACACAGGAGAGAAACCCUAUGAAUGCAAGGAGUGUGGGAAAUCCUUCUCUCAGAAGUCACACUUUGUCAUACAUCAGAGAAAACACACAGGAGAGAAACCCUAUGAAUGUAAGGAGUGUAAGGAAACAUUUUUUCAGAAAUCAAAACUCACUGCGCAUCAGAAGACACACACAGAAGGGAAAAUCUUAUAAACAAUAUCAAUUGGAGAAUUCUGUCUGAAUUUGUCCUUCAGAAUAAUCAGAUAACUCACACAAGACAAAAAACCUUAUGAAAUAUCAUCAAUAUGGGAAAAUUUCAGCCACAUUCUUUCAUCAUGGAGAGAAAUUCUAUAAAUCUCUUAGGGAGAAAUUUUUACCAUAUGUCAGACUUUUAUUAAAUUUCAGACAACAUACAUAGUAGAAACACUACAAAUGGUAAAACAUGAGGGAAACCUCUCUUUCAGAAGUCAUACUUUAUUGUACAACAUAUAAACCAUACAAGAGAAAUCCUGUAAGAAAAAUAAAUAUCAGGAAAUUUCUGUCAGGGUAGCCGUCAUAAAUGAGAGAUUUCUAUCAGUAUCCUGAGCAUUCAGAAAUCUUUUUAUACCUGUUGGACUAAUUAGCACAUUCUAAAAGGAGAUAAUCACAAAGAUUACAACAUAUAUGGAAGGCUUUAUCAAGAAGUGAUGUUUCAGUGAAUGUCAGAUCAGUGAUAUAAAGUAUACAACCGUUUUAAAAAAUAUUUUAAAUAUGUGAAACCUUUUAAACAAAUUCUAAGAGAAUAUGUAUGAGGAAAAUACUUAUACUAGAGGUCAUGUUGCAGAAAUUGAUUACAAGGUUGUUUUUCUUUUAAAGAAACCUGCAAAUGUCAGGUAUAUGAAGUUUUGUAAAAAGCACAAAUAAAUUGAAAAAAUGUGACAUCAUUAACACAUGUGAAAAGUCCUUUAGUAUGUAGGACUUAUGUGUGAAUGUCAGUGUGCUACAGAACACAGAUUGUGGAUGUUUGAUGUGCAUGUGAACCCAUCCAUAAUUGUACAUAGUGAUAUAUGUAGCCUUAUUUAGUUCAGUAACUUUUAUGUAUAUGAAGAUAUCUCUCAUUUAGUCUCAGCAGGGGCUCCUGUUGUUAACAGAAUGUGUAUUUAAGUGUAGUAUUCUUUUAAAAUUAUAAUGUAUCUCCCCCCCCCCCCAUUUCUGAAUGGAUAUGGAUUUUACUGAACUAAUCCUUCAGAAAGAAUACAAAAAUGUUUCUGUAAAAUUUGCAACUCUCUUAUGGUUGGCCAAAUUUUAUAUUAGAGAUACAUUUAUAGGAAAAAGGCUUCCCCAGUGGCUCAGUGUAAAGAAUCUUCCUGCCAGUAGUGGAGAUAUGGGUUCACUCUCUGGGUUGGGAUGGCAACCCACUCACUCCUGUAUUCUUGCCUGGGAAAUGUCAAGGACAGAGGGGCCUGGAGGGCUCUGGUCAACAGGUUCACAAGAGUUGGAUGUGACUUAGCAACUAAACAACAACAAGUUCAUUUUUAAAAACAGCUGAAAAUCCCUACAUAAUAAAAAAAUAAUACUAUGUGAAGAAAUAUCUGUUAGUGUUGUUUUAGUAAGUUGCAGAGCUGUCUGAAUUUAUAUUUUGUAUGAGAGUCCUAAAUGUUCUUCACUACCUUUUUCUUUCUAGUAGAAGAAACAUGACAUAGAGGUUAAGAAUAUGGACUUUUGACUCCUACUGCCCAGGCUGUUUCUAGCAUGAGGCAUGCACCUAACCUCUUUGUGCCUCAGUUUCCUUUUUCAUAAAAAAAGCGAUAAUAGGAUUGCUUUGAGUUGUAAAUGAGUUAAUAUUUUUAAAGCACUUAGAAUAGUGUCUGAGACAAAGGAAGAGCUAUAUGUUAGAUACUAUCAUAAUAAUUUGUAUUUCUUGAAUUAUUCUGCAAAAUAAAUAAAAGGUUGGCUACCAGCAUUCGCCCCUCACUUUGCUGCUGCAGUGCCUUGCUUUGAUUUGGUUGUAUAUUUUUCUGCAAGUGAUUCAGAUCUGGCCCACUGCCUGCAAUGUUUUACCUUUCUGAAUGGUUGAAAAAGAUUAUUUUGUGAUGUGAAAACUAUACAAUAUUCAAACUUACAUGUCUGUAAAUUCAACUUUUGUUAGAACACUAAUAAAAAAAAUUUGUUUGUUUUGCCUGUGGCUGCCUUCACAUUACAGUAGCAGAGCUGAGUACACUGAAGAAGACCAUAUGCCCCACAGGGCCUAAGAUAGUUACUUUCUGGUACCUUACAGACUCUCAAGUUUUCUUAGAACUGAAAGUGUCACAGCCAACAUAGAAGUAUAUUUUUACAUAUGGUAUGUGUUUCAGAAAUUGUGCAUAUAUCAGUUUGUGGGUAGGUGGAGGUUUUUUGCAAUAUCUUUGUUAUGUGCAUUAUACGUAUGUUACAAGACUAUAUAAGCAUUAGAAUUUUUUUCAAAGAUAUGUUUUAGCUGCUGGACUGUCAUAACAUCAAAACAAAUACCCUGAUGGAAUGUAGCAGUAACUUAUGAAAUAAACAUUGUCUAAACUAAUUAAUUGAUCCCUA